UGACGGGCGAGUAAGUGACGCUAGCUUGAAGCCUAAUGCUUUCUGUGAUCAACAUGAUCCACACGGGAAACAUUUAGUCACCACUUCUUCAUUGGGAUACACCAGUUUAAAAGAGAUGCCGUUAAGCAUAUGUGGUCAAAUUCAUCAGAUUUUAUAGACGGAAAUCAGAAUCAAGAAACUGAAUAACAAAAUGCACCAGUGUUCUGUUUGUCCAAAAUACUUCCCAUCUGCAUCUAAACUUCAAAGACAUUAUCUGAUCCAUACUGGCCAGAAGCCCUUCUCCUGUGCAGUCUGUGGGAAAUCCUUCAAUCAAUCUGAGCAUUUAAAAACACACUCGCAGAAAGUUCAUAACCUGAGAUCUUCCACGGACAGUUUGAAGGAAAGCUUUUUUCCUAACGCCCAACAGUUUGUACGGUCAAAUCAUAAUGAACCAUUUCAGGAGAGUUACAGACACGAAAAUAGUGCUUGCAUUACAGCUACUUCUUUGUCCUCUCAGAUGGAGCAGAAAAGGGAUUUUUCACAGCUUGAAAUUUGUCCUCUUUCUUCAGAGAUUGAAGAUCAGCACAAAAAUAUCCUAUGUGUCAAUGAUGGCUCAACAGUUCAAAAAGGUGUCCCUACCAAUGGAUCCUUGUCUAUUGAUCUAAUAAAACAAGAUGAAGAUGGUUCUUCGGCUCUAGAUAAAUUAGUGUACUCUGCUCACAAUGGAUACAAACGCAAACUCUGCCUUAACUCAUUCAAUUCAGCUAUCCAGCGUCAGAGUCACUCACCAGUCCAUAACAAAAUGCAGCAGUUUAAGAGACUGAAAGAUGGAAAAACUUGUUCUAUAAGUGGCCAUUUGAGGAUGCACUCGCAGCCCCAUGAACCAAGCUCUUACAAAGGCAACCUUGCCAAUAACCACCAAUGUCCCACAUGUCUAAAAAUAUUCUCUUCACCUUCCAAACUGAAACGACAUUUUCUCAUUCACACAGGUCAGAAACCUUUCCCCUGUAUGGUUUGUGGGAAAGCAUUUAGGCAAGAAACGCACGUGAAUUCCCAUCUACGAGCAGCACACAAAAUGUCAUUAUCCAAAAUGGAUUUUGAGCCAAACAAAAUGCAUGGUAAAAGUGAGAGGCGAAAACAGUUGUUCCACUGUGGCAAUUUCUCUUCUGGUGGCAAGUCUCCGUUGUCAGUCCCACAACAGCCAUCCCACCAAGACUCUCCAGCGAACUCGUCAGUGGAACUGGAGCUAAAGUGUAAAAUAAGUGUAAGCGCUCCGCAAGACCUGUGCAAGCCUGAAAUCGAAUCAGAGUCAGCUGUUAAACCGGAGCAGUGUGUUCAUGACAGUAAUUUACAUCAAGGGAGUAGUUGCUUAGAAACAUUGAACAAUUCCGUUGAACAAGUGGUGCCACAUUGUGUCAACCAUAAAGACUUGAAACCCUUUCAUUGCACAAUAUGCAAACAGUCGUUUCACCUAGAAGUUAAUUUAAUACAUCAUCAGGACUACCACAAGAACCAAACAAGAUUGCAAAGUUGUAACCCUGUGGAUGACUCGAGAAAUACCAUGUCGCUGUCAGUGCAUAGGAAAUGUCACACAAAUUCUGAAGCAACAGUAAAUUCACCAGGACCCAAUCAGGCAGCUCUUCUUGACCUGAACAUGAUUAUUAAAUCGGAGACAGAGCGGGAUGGUCACAGUGAUGGCGAUGUUUCUCUCGGGCGAGUAACCCAGUUCACUUCAUCACAGGAGCAACAGACUGUAAGCUGUCAAGCCGAAAUUCAGCAUCAGAGAAUAAAGAAAGGAUUAUAUCAGUGCCCUGCAUGCUCUAAAGAUUUUCCAUCUAUGUCAAAACUUCAGAGGCAUGUGAUGAUUCACACUGGACAAAGGCCCUUCAGUUGCCAGACAUGUGGAAAGCGAUUCCGACAGAAAACACACUUGAGGGUUCAUUUUCGUACACACUUGUGGUCUAAAUAUCAAAGACAGCAAUUGUAUAUUGGCAGACCUCCAUCUCACUCACAUGGAUCUAACAGAAGACUUCUAGCUGAAGUCCCUGUUGAGGAGACAUUUAUACAAAGUGGCACCUUUGGGAAAGAUUCUGACCUUGAUUUACUCUCACACAAACAGCUUGGCCAGACCACUUCUCAGAUAAGUGUAUGCUAUAACAGCAAUAGAGAAGCACAAUCUGUGCCAUCUAUGAUAAAGCAAAUUGAGUCUAUGCCUUCUAGUACUAUUUCUAAAAUUACUGUGAAAGAGAUACAGAAUUUUAAAUCUGCACUAAAAAGAAGCAGUAUGCAACACAAGUGUUUGCAGUGCUCCAAAUGUUUUCCCUCCGCCUCCAAACUGCAAAGACAUGAGAUGGUACACACAGGGUUGAAACCAUUUCAAUGUUUUGUCUGCAAAAAGAAAUUCAAUCAAGCCCCUCAUCUAAAAGUCCACGAGAGAACCCACUUGAAGUGGAGACCCUCUGCACCCAUUCACCAACAAGAAAAGACUGGUAAAAUGAAAGUGAGGAGUCAUCAACGCUCUUACCCAAAGGUCAAUGUCCAUGUCCUGUCACUGAAAAAGUCUGUUACAUUGGAUACUGUACAUGCAAGACUUGCACAGUCUUCGAUGAAUCAUAAAAAAAGUGAGCAGCACCCUGCCAGGGUUGAAAUACCUAUUCCAAAAGUGAACAAUUGUGUCAAGGCUAUGACUGAAAACAAAGAAGCUUAUGGUAAACGAAAAGGUCAUAUGUGCCGGAUAUGCCUCAAAAACUUUCCUUCUCCAUCCAAGCUAUCCAGACACUUGCUUACUCACUCUGGAGUAAGGCCGUAUAAAUGCAGUUUGUGUAGUAAAACCUUUACUCAACUUAGUCACUUAAAAGUCCAUGAGCGCAGUCGUAGACACGGUGACAGAACAGUAGGACAUAUUGGAAAAGAAACAAUAAGGGCCAGUCAUUUCCAAAAUAAAUGUCUUAAUAUUAGUCCUGUAUCUGAAAAAUUUGCUUGUUUUAUUGAUUGUCAUGAGGAGGAAAUACAAGAACGGCCCCAGCCACAUGAUACCAGUUCUGGUCAUGAUUUGGUCACGGGUUGGGAGUUUGCCCUGUGUUCUGAGAAAAAGGAUUCUGAAUGGCCGAUAGUGCCAGAGACAGACUGCAUAUUUUCCCCUGUUAAUGCCAAGAGAAUGAAAGAUUGUAAUCAGGCUGCAGAGCUUGAUAGUCACUCAUCGUUCCCAUCUGAGCUCACCUCUGAGAUUGAAAAGCUUGUGCAAAAUCGAGAGGUGGUAGGUCCAUCAUUGCCACAGCAAGAAACAGAGGCCAACCUACCUAGAAGCAUUGAAGUGGCAUUUCAACCCAGUGAAUGUAUUUCCUACUCAGAUAGUUCUAGCGUGCUCGGUGAUAGAUCUGUGAGCUCUUCAGUUGAGCAGCUACUCCAGGCAGAUUUGCCAGAUUAUUAUUGGUUUGAACCACCAAGUAUCAAUGAAUGUGACAAAAGCAAAAGGGGUUUUGAGAAAGACCAAGAUCUUAAAUUUCAUAAAUGUAACACUAAAUAUCAAUGUGAAAUGGCUGGGUCAGCCAAGUAUCAAUGUGAUUUUUGCUUCAAGAAGUUUGUAUCACCCUCUAAACUUGUAAGGCAUCUUGUUAUCCACACAGGCCAGAGGCCAUUCAGGUGUAACAGCUGUGGCAAAAGUUUCACACAAUCAGCACACCUAAAAUCACACCAGCGGACCCAUAGUCAGGGGAAAUGAUAGGGUAGAACUUUGGUUCAGGGAAUUAAAUCAACUGUCAAUGACAAUGAUACAAGGAAAAUCACGAAUGUCAUGAU